AUGCCUGGAAUGUUUAAAAUAGCAGAGAGCUUUGAGCUCGAUAAAACCAUCAAAAAUAAGGGGAUGCUCAACGUAUACAAACACAUGCUAAUGCAGAAGAAAGUCACAAACUCGUCUUUGAAGAACUUUCUAAUGAUUAUAUAUUUUCUGUACUACAGAAUAUCACUUGAACUGGGACUGGGAGAACUAACAACGACGGAAGCUGUAAUUGUUGAUAUUUUCCUUCUAAUGAUUGUGUUUUCACUUGUAAAUCAGGGCUCAAGGUUUAUUUUUGGUAUGUUGGUAAAAUCAAUCAAUUUUGUGAGGGAAGCGCUUUGGAUAUACCAACACUUAGAACAAAUAAGGGAGAUGAGACACUGA